CAGCCUUUAUCUUUAAAUGAAGGGUCAUCGUCAGUGCAACCAUGUAUGCAAGGAACUGUUGAUAUAUCCAACAAUGAUAGAAGAAUUAAUACUUCAUCGAACGUGCUAAUGGAUGGGAGCUCGAACAUGCCAAUGGAUGGGAACUCGAACAUGCCAAUGGAUGGGAGCUCGAGCUUACUAAUGGAUGGGAACUCGAACAUUCUAAUGGAUGGGAACUCGAACAUGCUAAUGGAUGGGAGCUCGAACAAACUAAUGGAUGGGAGCUCGAACAAGCUAAUGGAUGGGAGCUUGAACAAACUAAUGGAUGGGAGCUCGAACAUGCUAAUGGAUGGGAACUCAAACAUGCUAAUGGAUAGGAGCUCGAACAAACUAAUGGAUGGGAGCUCGAACAUGCUAAUGAUUGGGAGCUCGAACAAGCUAGUGGAUGGGAGCUCGAACAAACUAAUGGAUGGGAGCUCGAACAUGCUAAUGGAUGGGAACUCAACCAUGCUAAUGGAUGGGAGCUCGAACAAAGUAAUGGAUGGGAGCUCGAACAUGCUAAUGGAUAGGAACUCAAACAUGCUAAUGGAUGGGAGCUCGAACAAACUAAUGGAUGGGAGCUCGAACAUGCUAAUGGAUGGGAACUUGAACAUGCUAAUGGCUGGGAGCUCGAACAAGCUAAUGGAUGGGAGCUCGAACAAGCUAAUGGCUGGGAGCUCGAACAUGCUAAUGGGUGGGAGCUCGGAUAUGCUAUUUCAUGGGAGCUCGAACAUGGGAUUGGAGCAAGGAAUAACAGUUGGUUUAGACAACCUCUUGGAUCCUCAGUAUCAGAUAGAACAACAAGAAAAUAGCAGGUUGAACAAAAGAUUUAAAGGGUUGAACUCUAAUAACUUUGGCAGUAAUUGAUUGAAAUAUGGACUGAGAAG